AUGGCCGACCUCGAAGAAAUUCGCAUUCAAAUGAGGCUGGCUCAGGAGAAUUCAGUAAAGAAUAAAUCGGCCUUGCGUGGAAGCAAAGCAGAGCAAGGCGUGCGCUUCGGAAAGCUUUGGCAGCAUAGGCGACUUUCGUCUGGUACUGGCCACAUUCCUAAGGCUAAAUUAGUUCAGCCGAGCAUCAAGCUGCCACUCAGGGCAUCCUAUCAACUGCCCCAUGGCCUUGUCUUCACAUCAAAACAAGAUAUUCUUAGUCUGCAUACAGCAAGUGGCCUAUCCUGGCGCACUUGCGCCCUUUUGCCAUCAAGUACUGGCAUGGUUAUUCCUCCGGCAUUCGAUCUGGCAGAUAAUGUUGUAGUCAUUCCGAACUCACAGGGUUUGGUUGGAUAUGAGGAAAUCGUCAGGUGA